GCGUUUCCAGCGGCCUCGUUUGAACAGACACGUUAAAUGAAACAAAUGCAUGUGAACGGAAGACUUUUUUGAAUACGCAUACUGUGCAUAAACGCAAACGGUCCCGUGUGAGCGGGGCCUCUAUGCCUAAACCAUGUUCAAAUCAUUGUUUGGCAUGGCCUUUUAUCUGGAAGAAGAAAAACAUAAGAAAACAUUUUAACUCGCUUCGCCUUAAGGCUGAGAAAAUGCAGAUUUAGUUUCAGAAAUUGAUCCCGGCCUAGCUUUUAAUUCCAUACAACCUGUACCAUUACAGUAUUGCUUUUGCUAAGGUUUCUCUCCAGCAGUUAAAUUGUGUUUGCAGUGUACACAUUUUAUUUAGCUUUUACCAAAAUCCUUUCUUCUUGGUUUGAAAGAGCACAAGAUUGUGUGGUCUGUCUGAAUGACGACAUGAAUGGUGGUGUUUAAUACAUUACACUAACACUUUCCUUACAAGUCCUUUUAGUUUCCUAUUCAAAUAUUUUUGGCAGGCGUGUUUCCGUUUUAUUGCUCUGAAUGUAAUGAUCAUGGUUUGAUUAAACUGUAACCUAAGUUAUGGGCUAACUUUACAAGUUCUCUGGUCCUUAUUUCUCUUAUCGUACUUUUGUCUGGUAAAUUAUUUGUUUUGUGAACGGGUGUUAUUUAUUUUCUCUUUAUACAAUAUAUAUUAUUCAUGUUAUUGUAGGAUUUAAUUAAAAAUAGUAAACUAAUUUAGAUAUUUUUGAUAGAGUAUUCCAUGCAUUAUCGAUGCAUCUAUGCGUUGUUAUCAUUGUUAGUGGUCGGUAAAGUGUAACUUAGUUUCAUGCAUAAUAAUCAGUGAUUGAAUGUCACUAAGUACAUUUACUCAAGUAGUAAGUCCAAUUGUGAGGAACUUGUACUUCACUUGAGCAUUUUCCCAUGAUGUUACUUUAUACUUUAACUUACUACAUUUGAGGCAUAUUUUUUGGUUUUUACUCCACUACAUGUUUUUAAUAAAUUGAUUUAGCUACUUUGCAGGUAUGGAUUUAUAACACAGAAUAUAAAUCAACUAAUAAAUCAAUAUGCUGAACUACCCAGCAGUAGGCUAUAGCAAGCAAUUUAAAUAAUCCCUACCUUUACCAAGUGAACAUUGACAUUAAUGCAUUGAUUAUAACUAUAAUACAAAAAUGUAACAUCUGAUAUGGGCCAUAGGCCUACUGGAAAAUUAGUACUUUUACUUUUGUACUUGAAGUAUGUUUUGAUGCCAAUACUUUUUGUGUAGGAUAUCAUUUGUAGCCAACAAGUGUCACUAAUUGCGAAUCAUAAAGCAAAUAACCCUGUGUGUAUAGCCAUGACACAUUAUUAAUGUAUUAAAUAAACUAUGACUGCCCUUAUUGCAGUAUGUGGUCUUCAGGUAAAGCCUCUUAAAAUAACACGUUGGUAUAUCAUCUACCUGUCUCACUGGAACACAGAGUUCCAUUGCAGGUUUGGGGGAUUUGGCAGUUAGUUUUGAUCCCUCACUUAACAUCAAAUCGUUUAACCUGCAAGAUGGGGAACGUAAUUUUGUGUGAAAGACUUCGGCUGAAUAACAUUACGGUAGUGUGAAACUGUAUAACCCGGAGAGUAACGUAAACGUUCUGCCUUUUUGCCCCAAUAUACUGUAAUAAAGCUAACGUAAAUCAACGGACGUUAGUUGUAAUAUCCCUGCUGAAGUUACUGUUCUGCCUCGUAACCGUGUGUUUCUUGUAACCUGAACUGGGAGUGAUAUAAACUCGAAGUAAUAUGAACAAAAACGUUCCUUGGACACAGUGUAUGUGUAACUUUAGUUUACAAAGUAAAAAUAUAAGUAAAUAUCCCGCCCGACCUCUGUCCCAGACGGGUCGGGUGAGGUGCCCGGCCCCGUCAUGUCACUGGAGACCGCCACACUAAAGAAGUAUGCAGAUUUCUAGGCUUCGGAGGAGGAGUAGAAGAAAGCCUGGAGGCUGGUCUAGCGGAAUGCUACGUGUCUUGGAAGCUGGACGUCCCUUUUUAAACCCCCCUCCGUCUUCCUCGAUAACCAAAUUUUGGAGGUUCCAGCUCCCUCAUCCAGGCCUGUCCGAAGCGGUCCGAGUGAGUCCCCGGAGUUCAGCAGUCCUACGGCGGUGUUACACUCGAAAAAUGUCCGGCGUGAAAAAGCUUCGUACGGAUCUCAACAGGUCGACCAAUGUGGUGUACCAGGCCCACAAUGUCAGCCGCACCAAGAGAGGGCAGGUGGUGGGCACCAGGGGGGGCUUCAGAGGCUGCACCAUCUGGCUCACCGGUUUAUCGGGUGCUGGAAAGACUACUAUCAGUUUUGCCCUGGAAGAAUUCCUCGUGUCCCACGCUAUUCCGUGCUACUCACUGGACGGAGACAACAUCCGCCAAGGGCUGAACAAGAACCUGGGCUUCUCUUCCAUAGACCGCGAGGAGAACAUCCGGCGUAUUGCUGAGGUGGCCAAACUGUUUGCUGACGCCGGGAUGGUGUGCGUCACCAGCUUCAUCUCUCCUUUCAGCAAGGAUCGGGAAGAGGCGAGGAAGAUCCAUGCAGGUGUAGGGCUGCCAUUUUUUGAGGUGUUUAUCAACGCUUCUCUUGAGCUGUGUGAGAGCAGGGAUGUAAAAGGACUUUACAAGAAGGCUCGCGCCGGAGAGAUCAAAGGUUUCACUGGGAUUGACGCAGAUUAUGAGCGUCCUGAGGCGCCGGAUCUUGUGCUGAAAACCGGAGAGCUCACAGUGAACGAGUGCCUGCAUCAGGUGCUGGAGCUGCUCAGGGAGCAGAACAUUGUACCAGGCGAGAUCAUGGAGGAGGUGAAUGAACUCUUUGUUAAAGAGAACAAACUGAAUCUUGCUGUGGCUGACGCGAACACGCUUCCUACCAUCAGCAUCACCAAGCUGGAUCUACAGUGGGUGCAGGUCUUGUCAGAAGGCUGGGCCAGCCCGCUGAAGGGCUUCAUGAGAGAGAGAGAGUUCCUGCAGGUCUUACACUUCGGCAACCUGCUGGAUGGUGGGGCCAUCAACUUGUCAGUGCCCAUUGUGCUGCCUGUUGCCUCGGAGAUUAAGCAGCAGCUGGACGGCUGUGCGGCGGUCGCUCUGGAGUACCAGGGUUCACGCGUCGCUAUUCUCAGGAACCCUGAGUUCUACCCACACUGCAAGGAGGAACGCUGCGCCAGGCAGUGGGGCACCACCUGCCCACAGCACCCUCACAUUAAGAUGAUUUUGGAGGGAGGUGAUUGGCUGGUAGGCGGUGACCUGGAAGUGCUGGAGCGAAUCAAAUGGAACGAUGGGCUCGACCAGUACCGCCUUACUCCACAGGAGCUGAAGCAGAAGUUUAAAGACAUGAAAGCAGAUGCGGUAUUUGCAUUCCAGCUGCGUAACCCGGUGCACAACGGCCACGCGCUGCUGAUGCAGGACACCAAGCGCCGUCUGCUGGAGCGCGGCUACAAGAACCCCGUGCUGCUGCUGCACCCGCUUGGAGGCUGGACCAAAGACGACGACGUGCCUCUGGCCUGGAGGAUGAAGCAGCACUCUGCUGUGCUGGAGGAGGGCGUCCUGGACCCCGCCAGCACCAUAGUCGCCAUCUUCCCCUCACCUAUGAUGUACGCUGGACCCACAGAGGUUCAGUGGCACUGUAGAGCCAGAAUGGUCGCCGGGGCAAACUUCUACAUCGUUGGCCGGGACCCAGCUGGCAUGCCUCACCCGGUGACUAAGCAGGACCUGUAUGACCCCACCCACGGAAGCAAGGUCCUCACCAUGGCGCCGGGCCUCACCUCCGUGGAGAUCAUCCCCUUCAGGGUCGCCGCCUACAACAAGACAAAGCAGGCGAUGGACUUUUACGACAAAGAGAGACAUGCUGACUUUGAGUUCAUCUCUGGCACCAAGAUGAGGAACAUGGCUCGCAGCGGAGACAACCCUCCCAAUGGGUUCAUGGCCCCCAAGGCCUGGAAGGUGCUGGUCGAGUACUAUACCUCUCUGCAGAAGGACAAGUAAUCAACACAGUGACAGCAGCACUGCAUCACUUCUCAAAGGGGGUUAUAUAUACAGUCUCCCCUCCAGUGGUAUUCUAGAUUAUUUUACACAAAAAUACUCAUUUUAAAUUGCUACAAAUAAUGAGUUAUUCUGGCAGGGGGUGGGUGUUUCGAACAAGUCUUCACCAAAUCAAAAGGUUUUGUAUUAUGCAGUUAGAUUUUUACAUUCCUUUAAAACUAUGUGAUUUUUGAAUCCAUUGUAUGUUUAUAUCCAUAUUAACUUAAGCUAUAUAUUUUAAUAAAUUAAAGGUAACUUGAGAUUCUUUUUGUAAUUUAGGAACACAUUCUGGGUCAUGGAAAUCAUUAUCAUAUGAAUUGUCUGAGGGAUGCUUGAAAAAAACAAAACACUUUUAUUGCAUUUUAUGGCAAUUAUAUCACUGUCUGUCCAGUUCUUUGUAUGACCUGUAUGAAAGAUGCAGUAUAUUACUACCUACAGUGCCUAUUUGUGUUACAUGUAUGGAUGUUGAUUAAUUCAUCAUGUUAAUGUUUCAUACCAUUGUGAAAUACAUCAGAGAUGUUUGUAUAAUGUGAAAGUGCCUUUCUCAAAUGUCAACAUUAUAAAACAGAAACUGUUGCUGAUGUUUGCCUGAAGUGUCUGAAAUGUCUCUGAGAUUUGAGUGAUUUUAUAAAGUGGGCAUGUGAAUUGAUGUAAUAAAGACUUUUAGGAAGACAAAUGCAGUAAUAAAGAAAUCUGUUAGUCAUUAUGAAUCAUUGGUGACUUCCUGACACUGGAAUAUUGCGCAAGAUUAUUUCUAAUAAACGAGGAUAUGCAACA